CAGCGCUUAGGUACACGUUGCAUCGUCCCCGGGCCCGAGGCGCCUCGUCGUCGCGAACCGAUCGUAUCGACGAGCGCGACUACCGCUUUCAGCCAGGCUAGUCUUUGCAAGCAAGCCCGCAGAUUAGAUAAACGGACCUCACCGAGCUCGCUCCAACCAAAUAUCGACGUCAAUUCGUACGGCUCGUAG